AUGCUGGUCUGCAGGGACCAAUGGCCUAUCUUUUUGUAUGCUAACCACAUUUAUGAUCCUGAAGACCCAUGGUGCGGUCUUCUUAGGAGCCGCUUGCUAAUAUAUGCCUACAAGCAUGUUUUCACGUCUCUGAGUUCAGUUGACAGGGAGCCAAAAGCCACGCAAUCUGGAAACGCUCAUCUCCAUGGCAUGAAUUCAGUCACCAUAGCUUCUAUGGCUUAUAUUGCAACUCAGGUUUGUCGAGUGCAAUUUGCUCUAAGCUCAUCCUCGGUGUUCUCGCAGACCAAUACAACCACCAACUCCAAAACAUUUUACCAUAGUCUCCUUGACCUCAUGGAAGACCCGGAGGAGUGUAAGGAAGUUGAUGAGCUGCUGACCUGGUGGAACUGGCUGAUUAUCACAUAUGCAGCCAAGUUUUUCCCGCUUCCUCCUGCUGCCAAAAGACCCAUCAGUGCUAACAGCGCCUUAUCCAAGAUCCAACAAAGAUGCAUUGCUCUCAAAUGA